ACGCUCUGGUUCACAGCGGAGUGGUCUGUUAUUUGUAGGGACAGAGGGGGUGAAUUAAACACAUUGAGGAGCCCGUGGACUCAGAGGGCAGAAUAAAUAACUUCUUCAUCCCUUUUUAAAUUUAUUCUUGCAACUGACAUGGCAAAAGGGAAGAAAAGUGUGCAAAGAACCGACAAAAAGCCCGAGGACACUGUUGAACAUAAAGUCACCUCGCGGAAGGAGACAAAGGAAAACAAACCAGCAACUAACAAGGAUUGCUUAGGUACAGUGCAGUCUGUUUUCCAGAGUCUACGGAGUCCAAGCAAACCUCGAUCCCCUCUGAGCGAUAGUUCAAGCACGCUGAUCCAAGAAGGAAAUGAAUCUGAUGCAGCUAAUCCCGACACGUCAAAGCUAAAGAAAGACAUGCCUAAUGAAAUAAUAGCUGAGAGUUGUGAGUCCAAAGAGCCGAAGCCUGAAAUUGCUUGUCACAGUCAUGAGAUCAGAGAACAAGCCACUGAUCGACUCGAGCAGAAAGAGUUCGGCACGCACACAAACGGCAGGUCUGCAGCAGACAUCAAAGUUUCAGCAGCCAAACCUCGGAGUAGAACUGCUCGCAAACUGGGAGCAAAAAAGACGGAGAAUAAAGCUCCUCAAAACAGAAAGGUCACAGACUAUUAUCCCAUCAGACGGAGUAACAGAAAAACUAAAGCAGAGUUAAAGAGUGAAGAACACAAACAUAUUGAUGACCUGAUAAAGAAUGACAUUGAAGAAGGAAUGAAGAUCAAACACAUCGAGGGAAAAGGAAGAGGGAUAUUUGCUAUCAGUGGCUUCAAGAAGGGGGACUUUGUCGUGGAGUACCAUGGAGACCUACUGGAACUAUCUGAGGCUAAAAUAAGAGAGGCCCAGUACGCACAGGAUCCCCAGAAAGGCUGCUACAUGUACUACUUCCAGUAUCAAUCCAAGACGUACUGUGUUGAUGCCACAGAGGAAUCAGGUCGUCUUGGAAGAUUAAUCAACCACAGUAAAAAUGGAAACUGCCACACGAGGCUUCACCCCAUCGAUGGAACCCCUCAUCUGAUUUUGGUGGCGUCCAGAGACAUCGAAGCAGAGGAAGAGCUGCUGUAUGACUACGGUGAUCGGAGCAAAGCCUCAGUCUUGGCUCACCCUUGGCUCAAAUACUGAAUCCUCGACCACAAGUGUUUAUAUUUCAGAUGAAUUGGUGCUCUCUGCCGUGUUGUUCAGCUUCAUGUAAAAUAUGCUAUAGAUUCUCAAGUGGCUUUUUUUAUUAGUAUAAAAAAUGUUUUUGUUUUAAAUGAGCGUUGAUGCCUCAACACAGUGUAUUUUUGCAACUGUUGUUUUUAUCAUGGUUUUAUUUUUUUAUAUCUAAUUGUAGCAGACUGAUGCAAGCUUGAAGAUUUUAUCUCCUGGAUAAGUAGUGUUUCAUGUUAUCCACGAGAUUUCCUUUUGUAAUGAAUAUAAUUGACAAUUGAGUUUCACUAUUAUAAAUUAUUACCUGUGCUGUAAAUUAAGGAAUAAAACACUGUUGAGUUUUCAUUCCAGCUGUGGCAUUGUUAAUGGAAAUAUGUUGGAAAACACGGGAAGAGGGGAUUUAACAUGCAGUAAAGGUCCCUGACUGGAAUUAAGUACCCCAGUGUCAUAUUUUCAUCCAUACAGUGUAGCUGAAGAUAAAACUACUUUGUACCUAAGCUUUGCUGGGAAGUUGGAAGAAAACCAGUGAGAAAAAGGUCAAAAUUUUGUGCCUGACAAAAAUACACAGUAUGUAGGAACAGCAGUGAUGUUAGCAGUAUGCACUGUAUGUACAACAUAGCUU